AAAGCCAGAAAGAAAGGGGGAGAAUUAUCAACAGUUUUCCGCCGGAAAGAAGCCGGCGGCGGCGAAGUGGGUCCUCUUCUUAUUUGUCCAAGUCCACUUGCCGUAACCAAAUUGAACACUUUGAGCGCUUGCUUACAUGAACAAUGUCGUCCAAAGUUUAAACCCUUAUUCGAUUCUUAUCUGAUUUUGCGUGAAUCAAAAAAGACCGGACCUUUCCCAAACUAUGUUGUUCCGACAAAUACCAUCACAAAAGCAGCUUACGUUAUUAUUCAUUUUGUUACCCUGUCUCUGUUUCCUGACCGAAUCCAAGUGUUCGAGAGGCUGCGACUUGGCUUUGGGUUCUUACCGCGCCCCAGCACAAUCGAACUUCACCUUCAUAUCAAGAAUCUUCAAUGAAACAAUUCCAAACAUUCUUAGCUACAACCCUGACGUAACCGAUCAGAAUUUUGUUAGUGCAGGCAGGAGAUACAACAUCCCCUUCUCAUGUGACUGUCUCAACAGCGAAUUCCUCGGCCACAUUUUCAACUACGCUGUCAUUUCCGGCGACACCUAUGACCGGAUUUCCACAGAGUACUACGCUCAUUUGACCACGCUGGAGCUUCUGCGACAAUUCAAUAAUUUUAGUGAUUUCAACAUACCUGAUAACGGUGUCAUACUUAACGUUGUAGUUCCUUGUUCAUGCGGCGACCGUUCGGUGUCUAAAGAUUAUGGGUUGUUCUUAACCUAUCCUCUAAUAACUGGGGAAACUUUGGAUUCAAUUGCAGCCACAGCUAAUUUGACUGUGAAUUUGCUUCAGGGUUACAACCCGGAUGCUAAUUUCACUUCUGGCACUGGUGUGGUUUACAUCCCGAGUAAAGAUAGAAAUGGAGUCUAUCCACCAUUGAGGAUCAACAAAGGGAUAUCAAGUGGAGUGAUCAUUGGGAUAGCUAUAGCUGGGGUAGCAGCAGUGUUUUUGUUGGCUAUCUUUAUUUACUUUGUCUUCUUUAGGAAGAAAAGAAUUGAGCAAGACAAGUUGUUGCUCCAAACAUCUCCUUAUGUAGAAAAGAUGAGCAACUCUGUUGGCAGUGGUGCUGCUUCAGUGGGACUUACAGGUAUAACUGUCGGUAAAUCUGUGGAAUUCACCUACGAAGAGCUUGCAGCAGCUACUAACGAUUUCAGUAUCGCAAAUAAGAUUGGUCAAGGUGGUUUUGGUGCGGUUUAUUAUGCUGAGCUGCGAGGCGAGAAAGCAGCCAUCAAGAAGAUGGAGAUGCAGGCUACGAAAGAGUUUUUAGCUGAACUUAAUGUUUUGACUCAUGUUCAUCACUCGAACCUGGUGCGGUUGAUUGGAUAUUGUGCUCAAGGCUCUUUAUUCUUGGUAUAUGAGUAUGUAGAGAAUGGUAAUUUAAGCCAGCAUUUGCGUAGGUUAGAUAGAGAGCCCCUUCCUUGGUCUACAAGGGUGCAAAUCGCCCUCGAUUCAGCCAGAGGUCUUGAGUAUAUUCAUGAGCAUACUGUUACUGUCUAUAUUCAUCGAGAUAUCAAGUCUGAAAAUAUCCUCGUAGAUAAAGAUUUUCGUGGGAAGGUUGCGGAUUUUGGCUUAGCUAAGCUGACUAAAGUUGAUAGCACAGGAACACCCACAAAUCUUGUGGGUACAUUUGGAUAUAUGUCACCCGAAUAUGCUCGAUAUGGCGAGGUUUCUCCUAAAGUUGACGUUUUUGCUUUUGGAGUGGUGCUUUUCGAGCUUAUUUCAGCAAAAGAGGCCAUUGUAAAGGCGACAAGUUCAUCUCAUGAAUCAAGAGGUCUUAUUGACUUGUUUGAUGAAGUUCUUAUCCAGCCCGAUCCAAAACACGAUCUUCGCAAACUGAUUGACGCUAGACUCGGCGAUGACUACCCGUUCGAUUCAGUUUGUAAGGUUGCUCAUCUAGCGAAAGCUUGCACGCAACAAGAUCCUCAACUAAGGCCGAGCAUGCGAUCCAUUGUGGUGGCGUUAAUGACCCUUUCGUCCUCUACGGAUGAUUGGGAUGUGGGUGCUUUAUUUGAAAACGAAGCCCUCGUUAACUUAAUGUCUGGACGAUAGAC